AUGCAGCAAUUGGUGCUGAUUUUUCGGCAGAAUAAUUGCCAGAACCGUGGUUGCCAGCCCGCAGUACGACAAGACCACAAUGGCUUCACCCAUCAAGACCCAGGAUUCCUCGAUGUGGUCGCAAACAAGAGCCCUGAGGUGGUUCGAAUCUACCUCCCACCGGAUGGAAACACUCUUCUCUCGAUCAUGGACCACUGUCUCCGCAGUGUCAACUACGUGAAUGUCGUCGUCGCCGACAAGCAGGAGCACAUUCAGUUUUUGAACAUGGACGAAGCUGUCCAGCACUGCACCAAGGGCCUCGGAAUCUGGGACUGGGCUAGCAAUGACCAAGGCGCAGAACCCGACGUCGUGAUAGCAUCUUGCGGUGAUGUCUCAACUCACGAAGCCUUAGCCGCCACCGCGCUCCUGCGCGAGCACCUUCCACAGCUCAAAGUCCGCUUCGUCAAUGUGGUGGACUUAUUCCGACUGAUCUCGAGCAUGCACCAUCCACAUGGCCUGUCAGACAAGAGGUGGAAAGCCAUCUUCACCACCGACAAACCCAUCAUCUUUAAUUUCCACUCUUACCCCUGGCUUAUCCACCGACUCACGUACAAGCGACCGGGCCAGCAUAACCUACAUGUGCGAGGCUACAGAGAGAAGGGCAAUAUCGACACUCCGUUUGAGCUGGCUAUACACAAUCAAACUGAUCGAUACAGCCUUGCUGUUGACGCUAUUGACUUGGUUCAACAUCUCGGCAACACGGCAUCUGGUGUGAGAGAGAGGCUAAUCAAUGAGCAGCUAGCGGGCAAGGCCAAGGCGUUCAAUAAUGGACUCGAUUCUGAGCAUAUUCGGAACUGGAGUUGGCCUUGGCCGAGAAAAUAA